AUGGCCAACAGGCAAACUGUCAAUCCUCUGCUGUUUUCAGCAAAUAGCAGCACUGCCUUUGAUAAUUUUCCAACUCCGGCAGAGAGCAAACUUCUAUUUGCAAGGAAAUCAAAGGGUUUUAGGGUAAAUUUGGAGAUGAUGCCAAACACCAAUAACUCUCAGGGAAAUAGUAUGAGUGGAGAGGGAGUGUGGGCUACAAACCCUCACACAGUCAUGCAGGACCAGUUGCAGGACCUAGUCAACCACCGAGGCCACAUGGGGCUUGUGGACUUGGCUACAACAUUGCAUCAUACAUAUCAGCCUCUCUUAGCAAUAUCCAAACUUUCACCAACACUUCAUCUUGGAGUUAUUGACAAGAGACAGCAACCCAUCAAGAACUUGACAGUUCUACCACAGUCACCAACACGUGUCAGUAUUGUGUAUCGCAACAUUUACUGUUUAAAUGUUGACAUGCUUCCUAAUGGGCUUGUUGCAAUAAGAGAUGGAGCAUUCAGCAGCUUUGAAACCUCAAAAUUGAUAGAAGAAUUUAUCCCAGUUCAAGGACUUAAGGCAUUCCUCAGCAAGUAUGUAGAUGAAACUGCUAUUAACAGAAGAAGAUCACAGUCAGAAGAUGAUAAUCCUCCAACACCAAUACCCUUGGAUGAUAACCCCUGGCCCACACCAAAGGCCGCCUCUCCCGCUCGUCAUGGCCCCAUGACUCCACCCAUCUCUUCCAACCCACACACGCCAGCCAGCCCUCACCCGGUGGGCAUGACUCAGACAAGUGGACAUGGAGGAUUUGUGUCAAGUCCAGCAACAAGUGGCUUCUCCCUUGCCUCUCCACCUUCUCUACCAGGGAUGAAUCCUUCUCCUGCAAUGUUGCCUCAUCAGUCACCCAGUUCAGGAUUCUUAGGGGCAAAUUCUCCCUCUGCGCCUCAGUACAAUGUUGCAUCACCUGUUGGGUUUCUUGCACCAUCUCCAUUGGGUCCUCACUCAGUACCUAUGCAUUCUCCUGCUUCUGCACUCAUGCAGGGCCCAGCUGGAGGUGCAUCCUAUACCUCACGUGUGUUGCCUAACAAGCCAUAUGCUGCUGCAGUGCCUACUGUUCUUACCCAUGAUGCAUUUCACACUCUCUGCUCCCCUGUUCAGGUGGAUGAAGGAAGUGAUACCAGCUUACAGUGUGUAGUGGAACAGUUCCUUGGCCUGACUUACAUAAAAAGGCACUUCCAGCAGCUAUGCAAAAGUUGUGAAGUGAUAAAACCAGUUGGAGGCUUUGAACCUGGGAGUAUACAGUGCAAGAUUGAGACUCUGUGUUGUCAACUGCUGGUGCAUAGCACUCCAUCAUACAGCCUUAGCCUUAAACUACAGCCAGUACCUGAACAUGUAGAUCAGUGGACCACAGAGGAGUUGCAGGUUCUUGAAAAGUUCUUCAGUGUUAAAGUUCCAAUACCCCCAUAUAGACUGUAUGCAGUGCACUCCUUCUAUAGCAUCCUAAGGUUCCCUGUUCGUGUCCUGAAGGAUUGUAUCCGUAUAAUGCAACUGGAGCUGAUGCCAACACCACAGCAGCAGCAGCAAAUGAAGUGUAGUGUUCACUGGUGUCUGACCAACCCACCAAUUGGCCCACAGAUUGCUCCUCCCGGGCACUAUAUAGUUGUAGUGUCUCGCAGCAAGAUUCUGUUUUUCCUUCAGCUCACAAGAACCAACCUCCAGCUUCCCCCAGAUACUGAACCACCCAACUUGAUGUUGCCUUUGGUCUAUGACAGUAACAGUAACAAGACACAGAUAGCAGAGCGACGUGAUCCAGGCAACGUCACUUUCCAGAUCGUCAAUGAAAUAAUGAGUCGUGCAGCUGUUCAACCAAAUGAAAUAUCCUUAUUCCCAUGUGUUCGGGAAUUAUUAUGUAAUUUAACAUUAGGUCCAGAUGGCAAUGCUGUAGCUGCACCACCAACAUCAGUAGGCCAGGGCACACCCACAUCAUCAGGGGGUACUGUUCCCCCAUCCCUAGCUUCACCUCAUCUAACCUCUCCCCACAUGGGUUCCCCUCUAACUCCUGGUUCUUCUGCUGCUACUCCUGGAGUGCAAGUAUCCAUGACCCCCACCAUGUCUCAGGGAAUGAUUUCAACAUCAGGCACUGUCACAACCAAUGUUUCUACGCUCAGUACCCCUGGCAUAGUGUCUAGCUUAUCAUCAGGAAGUCACUUCACAGGGCCUAAGCAAGGCACAGCAGCUGGCCACAUGCAACAGACAAUGACAACCAUGGGUCCUCUUGGGCCACAAGGCAUGCAGCCAAUGCAGAGUGCCAUGACUAUGACAGGAAUGCAACCAGGUCAUAUGCAGCAGCCAAUGACCUCCAUGGCAGGUGGAAUGAUGCAGCCUGGGGCACAUGGGAUGCAAGGUGGGCCUGGUGGAGUGCAGACAAUGUCAGGUGGUCCAGGUGGCAUACAAGGGAUGUCAGCCAUGCAGGGAGGGCCAGGAGGAAUGCAGGUUGGACCUGCAGGAAUGCAGGGAGGUCCUGCAGGUAUGCAAGGAGGACCAGGCAGCAUGCAAGGAGGGCCAGGAGGCAUGCAGGGAGGGCCAGGUGGCAUGCAGGGAGGACCAGGUGGCAUGCAGGGUGGCUUUGGCAGUGGCAUGAUGGGUCAGUUUAACCGGUAGAACUGCCAUCAAAAUUGUAAAUAUAUUUGAAUGUCUUGCUAGAGGUACUUUAGUAAUAAAGUAGUUUAAUGUAUAAGCUUCUUUUAUUAUAGAUUGAAAGGGAGCUCCUUUUUAUAAGUACAGGAAUAUUUUAUUUUUAAUAUUGCAGUACAGUAUUUAAAGGUUGAUAUUUUGAUUAUGUUGAUCAGUAUGUAUGUGUUGUAAUUUGUUGAAGAGAAUUUUUUAUUAAUAUUAUUAUGGACUUCCUAAUAUGAACAUAGUGUAAUAAAGUGGAAUAAUUCUG